CUCGAAGUCAAGCGGGUGUGUCGAGAGAAACAGCUGCACGGCAUUGCAGCAGCCAUGAUCACUCGACGCCUGCUCCGGCCAUCGCGCCUCUUCAAUUCCUCCUCGUGGACUUGUCCCGCAUGCACUCAGCGGACCUCCUUCGCCGCCCCAUCCACAUCAGCACCGACGACGACGACCUCGAUACGAUCGAUAUCGGCUACCUCGCGACUCCAGAAACACAGCGUCCCACCGCUCGCAUUCGAUGAGACAUUCGAGGAGAAGGGCGUGCCCGGCCUUUUCUCCAAAGAUGGCUACAACUUGGCGUGGAAGCAAUACCAAUCACUUCUCGUUCAGAAGUUGAACGAAUUGACAGCCGGCGAGCCCAUCGCCGACAAGGACCCCAAAGACCUCGCGCUGAUCUUUGCACGCGAUCCAUUGAAUGCGAGUCUCUUCAACCACGCCAGCAUGGCAUUCAACAACCACUACUUCUUCAACUCCCUCUCCACCGCUCCCCUCCCGCUGUACAAAGCACCGCAACUGUCAGAAAGCCUGGUGAAGACAUUCGGCAGCAUCGAGACACUACGUGAGACAAUGCUCGAAACCGCGACUUCCAUGUUCGGACCAGGUUUCGUGUGGCUGGUAUGGGCACGAAACAUUGAUAACUCGUCUGCCUCACGCGGAAGCUCUUUCGCGUCCCGAAGCGGGAGCUGGAGGAUUUUGACAACAUACAACGCCGGCACGCCAUUUCCCGAGGCAGGCUACAGACAGCAGGGCUUGGACAUGGCGAACAAUACUCAGAAUUCUUACCAGGCGUGGGUGCAGCAGCAAGCAAUGAUACCUGGAAAUACCGCCGGUGCCUUUGGUGCAUACAGCCAGAGUGGUCAAGCUGCGGCAAAAUUGCCGCCGGGAGGAACGAACGUCAUGCCAGUGCUGUGCGUCAAUACGUGGGAACAUGUGUGGCUGUAUGACUUUGGUGUUACUGGCAAGAGGCAAUACCUGAAUGAUUGGUGGAAUGCUGUUGACUGGGGUAUUGUGCAAGAGAGAGCGCCAGCUGAAGCGCGAGGGCUCAAUCGUUUCGAAAGAGGUGGCAUGUUGUAAACUAUAGCUGACGAUCCGCGGAGGGCUGUAGUAAAGGCACACGAUGGACUGGUGCAAUGAGAAAGACGUCUGAGGCACGCCAGAUGCUGAUUACCAGCAGUGGCGUCCGCUCAGAGCCGGUGCUCUGGCGGUGAUCAGCCAAACAGCGGACGUCCAUACGGGGAAC